AGUCUUUCCCUCCCAUACGUUCUUUCUUUUCUUUUUCCCAUUCUUCUUCCUGUCCUUCCUCCACCCAAGCUCGUCGGCCGCCAAUUUCACGCACAGAUGAUGUUACGCACAAGCUUCGGCUGACAAUCCACCACCAGACGUUCACGCACAGACGACAUUCGACCAUCACAGACGACGUUCACGUACAAGCUUUGGCCGCGCCACCACAGGGAUAUCAAUCGACUUGUCGGCGCCACCACAGACGACGUUCCCUCCCCUGAUGUCCAUAACGGACUUUCGCGCAGUAGAUCCCCACGAAUGGCCGCCCCAACUUCGCUCCACCACGACAUCACAAAAGCAAGAAAGAUACCGAAGCGUGCUUUGCCUAUUAUUUGCUUCAGAGAAGUCAGCCCCCCAUCGUCGGAUGCUUCAAACACUUCCAUUAUAGAUUCAGGGGGGAAGAGUUAUGGCUGUUCUGAAAAUGCGGGUGCUGCAGGAACGUAUUACGAUGCUGUGUCUCGAAGCCUUAUUGUUAGCAAUGACAACUUAUCUACUCAGACGGAUACACUUCUUCUAACAUUUCCCAAGCAGCCUCUUUGGACAAAUGUGUACAUUCAAAACCAUGCUAAGGCUUUGGUUCCUUUGUUUUGGAGCCGUGUACAGGUUCAAGGACAAAUUCAUUUAUCAGUUGGUGCAGUCCUGUCCUUUGGGCUUGCUCAUUACGCAUCAUCAGAAUUUGAGUUAAUUGCAGAAGAGCUUCUUAUGAGCAAUUCUGUUAUUAAGACUGUGUGGAUGAUUUUAAGUGUUGAAUAUCUACUUGAUAAUAUUAAGGUUGGGCCUAAGUCAUUCCUCCGAGGACCUUUGGACGAUUCAAAAGCCAAUAAGACGAGACCACGACUCUACUGUGAACUUUCUGAUUGUCCAGCGGAACUACUUCACCCCCUUGAAGAUUGUAAUGUGAAUUCCACAUUGCCCUUCACUCUUCAGAUUUGUCGAGUUGAAGAUCUAACAGUUGAAGGCACCAUAACUGGAUCUGUUAUUCACUUUCACUGGGUCAGGGAUAUAUUUGUUUACCUAUCUGGUGCAAUUAGUGCUUCUGGUCUUGUGGUAGUGGAAAUGGUAGUCUUGCUGGCGAAACAGCAGGUGGUGGGAUUAUUGAUAAUUGAAGUGAUAUCGGGUUGAAAGCUAAGCGAUUGUGUAGAAAUGGUCAAGCGACCGUUGAAAAUUGAAGACUGAGAAGGCAUUUAGGAUUUUUAAUUAUUUAAUUCUUGUAUUAGAAUCUUUUUUCAUGUACUAUUGUAGAAUGUAUAUAUAAACAUAAUAUUAAUAUUUUA